AUGGGACUAGUUGGUGUGAGCAAAAAGGGUCGAGACGAGAACAGGACCACAAUUCAAGACCUACCCUGGUUUCGAUUCGUGCACCUGGCCAGGCCUUCUUUGCUGUGGUCGAGAUUAUCUCUCAAAUUGUUCGAGAUGUCUACCUCAUUGGCGCCAACGGCAAUUGACAUGGGACCUUUAGGUGCAUCUUCUGUCAAGGCCCUUUUUAACCGGUAUCACUGGUAUGAGAUUCACUGCUUGCUUGCAGCAACCUCGAUAGUCUCCACCCUGACUCUCGCCAUUCCAAGCAGCUCUGGUGAGGACAGUUUGCGCAUCUGCCACCUUCCUUGUGUGAAUGUGGUGUGUCCGAGAAUUCGGCAGCCUGGCAGGAAACCAUGUGGAGGAAGAGCUUAA